AUGCGCAAAGCACUAACUACUUUUUCACGGGUGGUGUGCUACUCUCCCUCGGCUGCCAUGAAUCAUUCUUGGAGCGGAAGAGGUCCGAGAGAGAGUAUAGCUAUCCCUGCACCCACCGGAGAGCUGCCAGUCGGCUGCAUAGACCUGAUGCACCAAUUUGAAGGGGAUAAACUCGGUGGUGGGCUGCUAGUUCGGCUGUUUUAUCCAGCUCAGUUUGGCUCUGCACCACCUUCAUAUACCAACUGGACGUCUCACAGCAAGUACCUACAGGCCUACCUUCACUUCCAGAGAACCUGGGGUCCCGGACUGAAAGCUGCUUCAGUUGAUAAUCCACUCCUCAAUCCCAAGAUACCAGCUGUGCUCGGAGCCGAUCUGUACGCAGCACACAGCACUCCAGGAGCGAGAGCUGUGACAGAACUACACACUCAAAAGUACACUGGUUCAACCGGUCUCCCUGUUAUAGUCUACUGCCACGGACUGGGUGGAAUGCGCUGCGACAACUCUGCAAUCUGCUGCGAUUUUGCCUCCCAUGGCUACCUUGUGGCGGCAGUAGAGCACAGAGACCAGUCAGCUUGUACUAGUCUGCAAAGAGUCCCCAGUUUUAGUUCAGAGAGAUCUCGCUUCAGAGACGAGUGGAUAGAGUUUUACUAUCAUCCCAACCCAGCUAAGGAGUUUCCACUGAGGAAUAGGCAGGUUCUUCAAAGGUCUCGUGAUGCCAUUCUGGCCCUGGAGCUACUGACCAUGCUGAAUGAAGGUGUGGAGGUACACAACAUGAUGGAGGCACACUUUGACUUCAGACAGUUUCAGGGAAGACUGGACCUGAGGAAGGCUGCCAUUAUGGGCCACUCAUUCGGAGGAGCAACCACUAUCCAGGCCCUCAGUCAAGACCACAGAUUCCAGUGUGGCAUAGCAAUGGACUGUUGGAUGCUGCCCAUCCAUCCAGACCUCCUGGAGACUGGCGUGACUCAACCCCUGCUCUUCAUCAACAGCUCCGACUUCCAGUGGGCGGAAAAUGUGAGAGCCAUGUUCAAACUCUCUCACAGCAGCAAGAACGACUCCUCGCAGAGACCUACUACCACCAACAUCAUCACCCUCAAGUCCUCUAUGACUUCCCACAGGGGUACUAGUCAUGGGAACCAGAGUGACAUACAGUUCCUGUCGCUGUUCUCUGAGCUACGGGCACAGUUUCCGUCGUCUCGGGAUCCCUACACUGCAUUCAGGAUCAACGUGGACCUCUGCCACGCCUUUUACAGGAGACAUCUGCUCAGGGACCCAGCAUACCAGGGUCACGUGGCUAAUCUUGAUGGAGGAGAAGGACAAUCGGAACACAUUCUAUUUGGCUCCAACCUUCCCGUCUUUGAACAAACCUCGAAAUUGUAACACUAACACUGUGUAUUUGUGGCUCAUAUGGCAGCUGUGUUACCACCAGUUUAAUCAGCAUAAUAUUUUAUUAAUCAGCUAAAUAUUAUAACAGUGGUGAUGGUUUUUGAGCAGUACACAUGACUUUUGGUCAUCAGCUGAAAAUAUAUAAAUUUGGAAAGAAAGAGACUAAAAUAGACGAUACACAAAUCUGGCUGUGUAAAGCAUAAACAUAGCUCAAUUUUGUCGUAUUUUAUAUAUAUGAGCUUCUCUAUAAAACUGCAGCUUACAAACAGCAGUUGAAAUAAUUGCGACCUAGUAUUCAUGUGAGCAUGAAAGCGCCAUACAAACGAGUACAGCAGAGGUAUACAAUUUAGCUUUGAAUAAUGCACUGGCAGACGAGAUACACGGACACACAUGACACAAAGGACAGCCGUGGGAGAGGACCACGCUACCCAACGUACCAACCGUCCAGGCAGCCAGAGUUUAUGAGGAGGCAUACGAUACCGUUGUGUCCCUUGCUUCGGGCCACCUCUAGCGCGGCUUGUCCGUCCUCCAUCAUGUUAUUCAGCACUGCACCCUUGUGUAGAAGGUACGCCACAACCUCCAAGUGUCCCGAGGCGCACGCUAACUUCAGCGGGCUGUCUCCGUUGAUGGUUUUAUCGUAUAUCGAGACCUGUCCACCCUGCACCAUCUGCUGGACUAGUUUGAGAAACCCCUUCGACACGGCCAGGUGCAGUGCCGUCUGCCCCAAGCUGUCGGUGAGGGUACAGUUUGCAUCUCGCUCGAUGAGGUAGGCUGCUAGCUCCUGGUGGCUGUUGUAGAUCGCGUGGUGGAGCGCGGUUUCUUUUCGGCCGUUUGUCUGGAUGUUGAUCCUCACCUGGCGAUUGAGGAGGAUCUUCACCAGCUCCAGGUAUCCUCCGUUGCUGGCGUCGAUGAGCGGGGACCAGGUGCUGUUGUCAACGAUAUCGCAUGCAGCCCCGUGUGACAGCAGCAGUUGGACCACCUCCGUGCGCCCCUUGAGACAGGCAAGAUGAAGCGACGUUCGUCCGUCGUUUGAGCGUACCUCCACCUCCACAUCGUGCUCGAGGAAGAGACGAACGACCUCCAGGUGCCCCUCCUGUGCGGAGAGAUGGAGAGACGACCACCCGUCCUUGUCCUGCGCCAGAAGAUCACAGCCGUUGUCGAGGAGAAUCUCGCACACUUCUCUGCCUCCGUUGAACGCCGCCAAGUGGAUGCAGUUUCGGCCGGUAUCGAUCACCUUGUGUAUGUCGGCACCGUUUUCAAUGAGGACUCUCACCACGUUUGUCUGACACUUGUUGCAGGCGGAGUGAAGCGGGGUCCACAGCUUGCAGUCAAGCGCGUCCGACUGCGGGCAAUGCUUGAGCAGCACCUCUACGAUAUCGGCGUGGCCGUGCAUGGCAGCAAGAUGGAGGGGAAUUCGGAGGUUGUUAGCUUG